GAGAAGCAGCUGGACGGAUUGUCGUACUGAGGGCAGCAUUGCGCACGCAGCAUGGGGCUUCUAGAAUGGAACAUCGAUCUCUGCUCGGUGUCAUAAGCAUAAGAGGAAACCGGGAGUGCCGCUCAUUGAAGUUGUCAGACACCGAGUCGGGAUCCGAGGAUCAUUGAACGGGUGAAAGGAAAGUAGCUGUGCACGAAGUAUGAAGAGAAAGAUCAUGGUGGUUUAUGUAAAUGUGGACGCCCAGCCUAAUCGGCACCGAUGUUGAUCUGCCCGUAGCGUGACACAGGAUUACAAAUUGUAUUUUUCCAGUAUUAAAACUGAGAAAAGAGACACCUUGAACCAAUGUGAUGGUGCAAUGAAAUGAGGCUCCGAAAUGGAACUGUGGCCACUGCCCUCGCAUUUAUCACUUGUUUCCUCAGCCUGUCCUGGUACACGGCCUGGCAGAAUGGCAAAGAGAAGUUGAUUGCGUACCAGCGGGAAUUUCAUGCUUUGAAAGAACGUCUACGUAUUGCGGAACAUAGAACCCUGCAACGCUCCGCUGAACUUCAUGCAAUUCUGGAGCAGUUCCGGAAAGCGGUAUCUGAGGCAAACGGAAGCAGAGAUGCACUAAGUAAUUUUUCCGAUGAAACUCAGAAAUUAUUAAAGGAUUUAACUAGCAGAAAAGCUCUACAAGUGCCAAACAUAUAUUACCACAUGCCUCACUUAUUAAAUCACGAUGGGAGUCUUCAACCUGCUGUGCAGGUUGGCCUUGGAAGAACAGGAGUGUCCAUUGUUAUGGGAGUUCCGACUGUCAAAAGGAAAGUUAAGUCUUACUUGACUGAGACUCUACACUCUCUGAUUGAUAAGCUGUCCCCAGAAGAAAAACUAGACUGUGUUAUAAUAGUCUUCGUCGGAGAGACAGACAUUGAAUACGUGCACAGUGUAGUCGGAAGCUUGGAAAAAGAAUUCUCCACUGAAAUCAACUCUGGUUUAGUGGAAGUCAUCUCGCCUCCAGCUACGUAUUAUCCUGACCUCACAAAUUUAAAGGAGACCUUUGGAGACUCAAAGGAAAGAGUACGAUGGCGAACGAAGCAAAAUUUAGAUUACUGUUUUCUUAUGAUGUAUGCUCAGAGGAAGGGGAUUUAUUACCUACAGCUUGAAGAUGAUAUAGUUGCCAAGCAGAGUUAUUUUAAUACAAUAAAGAAUUUUGCUCUACAACUAUCCUCUGAAGAUUGGAUGAUUCUGGAAUUUUCUCAGCUAGGUUUCAUUGGUAAAAUGUUCCAAUCACCGGAUAUUACGCUGAUUGUUGAGUUCAUUUUUAUGUUCUACAAGGAAAAGCCUAUUGAUUGGCUUUUGGAUCAUAUACUGUGGGUAAAAGUCUGCAACCCAGAAAAAGAUGCUAAACAUUGUGAUAGACAGAAAUCGAAUCUGCGAAUCCGAUUCAGGCCAUCCCUUUUCCAACAUGUUGGUCUACAUUCUUCAUUAGCAGGAAAAAUACAAAAGCUUACGGAUAAGGACUUCCUGAAACCGUUACUGCAUAAAAUCCAUGUGAACCCACCAGCUGAAGUGUCAACAUCUUUAAAAGUUUACCAAGGUCACACGUUGGAAAAGACAUAUCUUGGGGAGGAUUUCUUCUGGGCCAUCACACCCCUGGCUGGAGACUACAUCCUCUUUAAGUUUGACAAACCCGUGCAUGUAGAAAGGUAUUUAUUUCACAGUGGAAACCCUGAACACCCUGGAGACUUGUUAUUUAACACAAGCGUGGAGGUCUUGCCUUUCAAGAAAGAUAAUUUGGCGCUAACAAAGAAUACCAAAGACAGGCAAUUACCAGAUGGCUUCUUUAGAAUAGGUAAAUUUGAAGAUGGGACUGCAGAAGGAGUGGUAGACCCGAGUCUGAACCCCAUUUCAGUUUUUCGGCUUUCAGUUUUACAGAAUUCAGCCGUUUGGGUCAUUCUUAACGAGAUCCAUAUCAAAAAAAUUCAAGGUGACUGAUAUGACCAGAGAAAGACUUUGAAAUGCCGUCCCGGUCCGGACACUCCUUACAUGUCCUCACCGCCUGUUUGCUCUGUGUGCAUGCACCUUAAUUUUGUUCGCUCUUGUAAUUUUGUUUCAAUUCUACCUCUGUGUUAUCUACUGUAGCCAAGAAGGUCGUAGGUAUGUUUUUUUUUUUUUCUUGACCAGACCGUAUCAAAUAUCUAAACAGCCCAUCUGGCACAAGAACAACCUAUUAUCUUCCGCACAAACUAUUCUACAAUCCGUAUUAAGCUUCUAUCUUAACAUGAUAUGCGUAUACAUUCCAAGAGGAAAGA